AUGGACCCAGAACAGUACACCCCAGAAGAUGGCCCUUUUGUUACAGUUCUCGAUACGAAAUUCGGAACACUGUACUACAAGAUUAGCGCAGACAAUCCUAGAGACAGUCCCAGUACUCCCCAAGUUGUGGAACUAGCCGUGGCAAUAAUGGAACAACGCCUCACCAAUUUCCCUCUCAGGCCGAAUGGCUUCAACGUGGACCCCGAUACUGAAUUGAAGGUGAGGUUUGGCAAUGUCAUUGAGCAGGUCGGAGACAAAAUUCCCAGGGAGAAACUCUUCGUGACGGUUAAAGUCCAAGAUCCGAAGAAGGAAAUCUCGAGUUUCUUGCCUGACACCUUGUCCUUGAUGAAAUUGAAAAGCGUGGACCUGUGA